CAGCCAAUCAGAGCCAUUCUUUGUCGAGCCAAACCGCCGUCGUGCUCCUCCAUUGACAAAAGUCGAGAUUUGUCAGGAAUCAUGAGAUUCAUAUGAAUCUGAGACUUAAAACUCGACGCGGUUUCAGGUUCUGGGCCUUCUAAGACUCGGACGUUGUCUAAGCGCUCUCGUAGCAUCUCUGAAGAAUGAUAACCCGACAUUCCCUGCCUCCGCCUGUUCACGUCCACGUACCGGACACUACACCAGUACACGUCCAUAUGAGGAGGAGUCCCGACAAAACCACACAGGCUAAAGAUGUGAGAGGAGCUGGAGGGAGGCCAAAGAUCCGGACACCUUGGAUUCCUCCAGGAAGACCUUCUUCUAGAAGAGACAUGAUGGACUCCUACAAGCCUCAGACAAGCAGAAUCCAACAUGCAGCUGAGAGCGGGAUGAGGCAUCAGCAGGAGGACGAACCGGCCAGAGCUUCGGAGGGCCUCAGAUUCCUGCUGAGAGAACAGGAGAACCUCCGUCGUUCCAAAAAGCCCGACUCCGGGGGGCAACACAAAGACACAGACAUGCUGCUGAGGGCGCUUGUAGAAGCAGAAAUUGAUGGCAUGGCUGUGGCCAAUCAGCUGACAGUCCUGAAGGAAACCAUCAACAACCUCUCAAAGGAGAAACGUCUGUCGAAGCUGCACUCAGCCUCGCUGGGGCGGCAGCAGGAGCUGCUGCUGGAAAAAAUAGGAAUGUUUGAAAACACGAAUCGCAGCCUGCGAGACCUUCUGAGAGAGUGGAGCGAGUAUGAGAGAGAGUGGUUGGUGUGGUCCGUGGAGAACGAAGCCCUGAGGAAGAAGCUGGCUGACAGGGAAACACAAAAUAUUAGACUUUUUGCCAAACUCACCAACAAAGAGAAGGAAGCCUCCAAGCUUGCUGAGCACUUGGACUUUGAAAAAGACAACGUGAAGACGACUGAGGAGCUGUCCAGAGUCCUGAAAUCGACCCGCAGCCACCUGGAGUCUCAGCUGGACCGAGCCGAGGCCCAAAACACCCAGCUGACUGCUCAGAUUCAGGAGAUGCAGCAGAGUCACGAGCAGAAGCAGAAGGAGCUCUGCGCCCUGCAGGCGGAGCUGCAGACUCUGAGGCAGCAGAGGGAGGAAAAGGAGCAGAAACAAGAGCAGGAGGAGCUGGUCGUGGUCGCACAGAGAGCCCAGCGGGCGGAGGAGUCCACCAGGCAGCUCACGCAGAAACUUCAGGAGAAGGAGGCCCAGCUGUCUCGAGCUCUGUCCACGUCCAGCGACUGGUGUCUCCGUCACUCGAAGGAAGCAGCAGCUAAAGGGCAGCUGGAGCAGGAGACCUCGGCUCUGCAGAUGAAGAUGACCGAGCUGAGCGCUCAGCUUCAUUUGGUGGAGGAGAAGAGCCGGACGGAGCGGGAGGAGCUCAGAGAUCAGCUCCUUCAGCUGAGCGCUGAGAACGCCUCCAUAAAGCUGGACAACCAAAGACUCAGGAGUGAGCUGACGUCAUCUGAGGAGAAGUUUAGAGGGUUUCACGCUGAAGCUCGACGCCUGAAAUCGUCCAUCCUAAAGUAUGAAAACCUGGUGGAGAAAUACAAGAAGAAGGUGCAUCAGGCUCGUCUGGAUUCAGAGGAGUGCUACCUGAAGCUGGAGAUGACUCAGAAGGAGACGCGAGAGGUGAAGGAGAGCCUCGAGAAGGAGAAGGAGCAGGUGCGACAGGAGCUGCUGGUCCGACUCCGGGAGCUGGAAUUGCUGCCGGAGAAGCUGAGGAGGACAGAGCAGCAGCUCCGAGAAGCCCAGCAGGAGGCCGAGGUCUAUGAGAGGAGGAAUACGGAGCACAGCGCUGCACUGUCGGAGGUCCGACUCAAGGUGGAGCAGCUAGGAGCUCAGAUGGAGACAUCUCAGCAGAGAAAUCUGCUGCUGCAGGAGGAAAACGGCAUCCUGAGGGAGAAAAUGACCAAAUUAGAAAGGAAGCUGGAUAAUGUCACAGCAGAAAACAAAGAGAUGUCCCAGGCUCUGGUCUCAAAGGACGGACUUACCUGCAGCCUGCAGCAGCAGCUGGAGGAGAAGACUCGCGAGUGCAGCAUCCUGUCCCGACAGCUGAAGCAGACUCUAGAUGAUGCUCAGAGACAGGUGGAUGACAGCUUACAGAAGCUUUUGACCAAGGAGAGAGCAUCUCAGUCCAAAGCGUUGGAGCUGCAGAGCCAGCUGAGCCGAGCCAACACAGACCUGAGUCAGCUACAGAGAAGCAAGGAAGAGAUGGAGCGUCGCUUUAAGACUCAGCUGCAGAACUUAAAAGAAAGGCUGGAGCGGUCUGACUCUACCAACCGCAGCCUCCAGAACUACGUUCAUUUUCUCAAAACCUCCUAUGGAAACGUUUUUGGUGACUCUUUUAUUGGAAGUUGAUGCGUUGUCAUUUUUACCAAAACAUUGCUAGAUCUAAAUUAACAUCAAAAAUUCAUGAAUUUUACUAAUUAAACAUUUUAUAAAAUA